AAGAGAGAGAGAGAGAGAAUCGGCGAUGGUGUUGCUGUCAAUGGGUGGGCUCUAAUGUGAAGCAAAAGCAAAAAAAUAUUAGUAAAUUGGAAGCGCCAACGAAACCUCCACAAUGUCGCUUUCCCCUUUCAUCCGAUGCCCCCAUUUUCAAACUCACUUUCCUUUUCUACUGCCCAUCCUUCUUACUUGCUCUAACCUUCAAUCUCCUACAGGAAUUCGUUUCUUUGCUUGUGAUGCUGUUUGGAAGCUAAAUGAGGAGGGAUCGUGUGUGCGUUUUUCUGCUCUUGUGUUUCUGCUCCAUGCUACUUUCUGGUGCUGCAAUCACAGAGCCAUCUGAUGUUGAAGCAUUGCUAACAGUAAAGAGGAGUCUGAUUGAUCCUAUGGACAAUCUUAAAAAUUGGAAUAAUGGAGAUCCUUGCACAACUAAUUGGACUGGAGUAGUAUGUAGCAUUUUCAAUGGAGCUGUCGGGAACUUACGUGUCAAAGAACUCCAGCUACUGAAUAUGAACCUAUCUGGAAACUUAGCCCCUGAGAUCAGCCAAUUGUCUCAGCUUGAGAAUUUAAAUUUCAUGUGGAAUAACCUAACUGGUUUAAUUCCGAAGGAGAUUGGCAGUAUGAGGCCGCUGAAACUUUUGCUCUUAAAUGGAAAUAAAUUCUCCGGUUCUCUUCCGGAUGAGCUUGGUAAUCUUACAAAUCUCAAACGAUUUCAAAUAGAUGAGAAUCAAAUUUCAGGGCAUAUCCCAAAAUCAUAUGCCAACUUGACCCAUGUGAAGCACCUCCAUUUCAAUAACAACACUUUAAGUGGUGAAAUUCCAUCUGAGCUUUCCAGAUUACACAAUCUUCUUCACUUGCUUUUGGAUAACAAUAACCUAUCGGGUUCUCUGCCACCAGAAUUUUCGUCCUUGCCAAAGCUAAGCAUUCUGCAACUUGAUAACAACAACUUAGAAGGUGAAAUUCCAGUUUCUUAUGAAGAAUUUUCUACAUUAGUGAAAUUAAGUCUGAGGAAUUGCAGCUUGGAGGGGCCGAUUCCUAAUUUCAGCAAAAUUGCAAACCUCAGUUACUUGGAUCUUAGCUGGAACCAUUUUACUGGACCCAUACCACCAUAUAACCUCUCUUCUAACAUGACAACAAUAAUUUUGUCACACAACCAGCUGAAUGGAUCUAUACCCAGAAGUUUCUCCAAUCUUCAUAAUCUCCAGAAACUGUUACUUGAGAGUAACUUUUUGAAUGGUUCGGUACCUGCAUUAUGGGAGAAAAUGUCCUUCAAUUCAAGUGCUCGACUUACACUUGAUCUUCGGAACAAUUCGUUUUCUGACAUUUCUGGAAGCACAAACCCUCCAGCUAAUGUCACCCUAAGGCUUGGAGGAAAUCCAUUCUGCCAAAAUUUGAACCGACAAAACUCUGACCUGUUCUGUACGUCUAAAAUUGUAGAGGACCAGCUGCAUAGAAGCUCGAGGAACUCCAAUGAAACAUGUCGAAGUUGUCCAACAGAUAGUUUCUUUGAAUACGUUCCAGACACUCCUGACCCGUGCUUUUGUGCAUCACCUCUUGGUAUUGGAUAUAGGCUGAAGAGUCCAAGUUUUUCCUACUUUCCUCCUUACAUAUAUUCAUUUCAAGCGUAUCUGACAAAGGAACUCAGUUUGGAUAAGCAGCAAUUGUUAAUCGAUUCAUACGUUUGGGAAGGAUCUCGACUGAGGAUGUAUCUAAAGAUAUUCCCAUUAUUUGAUAGUGGUACUCAUGUGUUGGAUCAAAGUAAGGUAUUUCAAAUUACAGAAAAGUUUAUGUCAUGGAAUUUCACUCGUGAUGACUUUUUUGGCCCAUAUGAGCUUCUCAACUUCACACUCCCUGGCCAUCAUCAGACUGUCAUUUUCCAGACAGUGAAAACGGGCAUUGGUGCGGGCAUCCUGGCUGCCAUUGUAGUUGGAUCUAUUACCUGCAUUCUUAUGACAGUAGCGGUAGCCAUACUCCUAUUCACUAGGCAUUCAAGAUACCAUCGAAAUUUGUCGAGGAAAAAAUUCUCUUCAAAGAUUGGUCUGAAAAUUGAUGGUGUAAAAGCAUUUUCAUUCAAGGAAAUGCAAUCGGCUACUGGAAAUUUCAACCGCUCAACUCAAGUUGGCCAAGGAGGUUAUGGCAAGGUCUAUAAAGGCAUAUUGUCAGAUAAUUCAGUUGUCGCCAUCAAGCGUGCAGAAGAAGGAUCCUUACAAGGACAAAAAGAAUUCUUGACGGAGAUAGAACUCUUAUCACGAUUGCAUCACCGAAACUUAGUUUCGCUGAUCGGAUAUUGUGAUGAAGCAGGAGAACAAAUGCUGGUUUACGAGUUUAUGCCAAAUGGAACUUUGCGGGACUGGCUUUCUGGCUUUGAAUUUUCUGCCAAAAGUAGAACGACCGUAAAUCUGAAUUUUCGUAUGAGAUUACAAAUUGCACUGGGUUCAGCUAAAGGUAUACUGUAUCUCCAUACUGAAGCAAAUCCUCCUAUAUUUCACCGAGACAUCAAAGCUAGAAACAUACUCCUCGACGCCAAGCUCACAGCCAAAGUGGCUGAUUUCGGAUUAUCACGUCUUGCUCCCGAUCUAGAUUUCGAGGGGGAUGUUCCUGGACAUAUAUCUACUGUUGUGAAGGGUACCCCAGGUUAUCUUGAUCCAGAGUACUUUUUAACCCGCAAAUUGACGGAUAAAAGUGAUGUCUAUAGCCUAGGAGUUGUGUUAUUGGAGCUCUUGACGGGAAUGCACCCUAUAUCAUACGGCAAAAACAUUGUUCGUGAGGUCAAAUUGGCACAUCAAAUGGGAACGAUUCUUUCAAUUGUAGACACCAAGUUGGGUUCUUUCGCAUCUGAGUGUUUAGAAAGGUUUGUUGCUUUGGCCCUCAGUUGUUGCCAUGACAAGCCAGAAGAGCGGCCGUCCAUGCUGGUUGUAGUGAGGGAGCUGGAGAACAUACUGUACAUGAUGCCUGAUGACAGUGGCGCCUUGUAUUCAGACCCGUCCCUGAGAUCAAGUGCCGGUCUUCCCUCACCAGUUUCAAUGUCAUCCUGCAUCACCCGAGACCGGUUUGCAUCGGGAAGCAUUUCGGGGAGUGAUCUCAUCAGUGGCGUCGUCCCAACCAUCGCCCCUCGCUGACAUUCGGUUUGGCUUCUGCUUAACAUAGUUGUGCUUACUGCUUGCUUGAUGCUUGUUAGUUGUAACUGUGUUAUUACAAAUCCCAACAUGUUUAGCGAAUGUUUCUGAUACAAUGUUUAGAAAAGUGGUCUAUGAAGAGAGUUCAACUCA